AAUACUUCUCCCUAUAAUUAUUUCACAAAUGAGCGGCGUCUUCAACCCUAGGAAUAUGCUCAAAGCCUGAGGCUUUCCGCUUCGUCUGGAGCUCGGCUGAGCUUCUUCAAUCUCCGAUCGGAACUGAGCUUUCGUCUUUAUACUAUUCGACGGGGGAAACCUGCAUUUGAUCGAAUGGAAGGGAGCUUGGACACGCUCGUCGCCGGCGAGACGCCCUUUCACCGAAGAAUCGAGUUCCAUUUGGCCCGGAAACCAUUCAAUGGAUUCGGUAAUGGCCUUGGUGGGUUUCGCCUGGAUACCCUGAACCCUAGUUCGAAGUCGGAUUUGGUGAAUAGUGCAACGCCGGGGCCUGGAAAUCCUCAUUUGAAGAUGAACAGUAGCAGAGACUUUGAUCCGGAGCUUAGCCUCGACACGACUUUCCGAAAAAUAAUGAGAAUUGGUGCUGGUUUACAAAACCUUGGAAAUACUUGUUAUCUCAAUGCAGUCUUACAAUGUCUCACAUACACGGAGCCUUUGGCUGCGUACUUAGAAAGUGGGAAGCAUCAAAGUUCUUGCCGUAAAGCUGGAUUUUGUGCUUUAUGUUCUAUUCAGAAGCAUGUUACUCAUGCACUUCAGGCAACGGGGAGAAUUCUUGCGCCAAAAGAUCUUGUGUCCAACUUGCGGUGCAUAUCUCGGAAUUUCAGAAAUGCUAGACAAGAAGAUGCACACGAGUAUAUGGUGAAUUUGCUGGAAUCAAUGCAUAAAUGCUGCUUACCUUCAGGCAUUUCCAGUGAGUCUCCUAAUGCAUAUGAGAGAAGCUUGGUUCAUAGAAUAUUUGGUGGCACGCUUCGUAGUCGGGUGAAGUGCAUGCAGUGUUCCUACUGCUCUGACAAACUUGAUCCAUUCUUAGAUAUAAGUUUAGAAAUAAUCAAGGCAGAUUCUUUAGGCAAGGCAUUUGAACGUUUCACUGCACAAGAGUUGUUGGAUGGAGGUGAUAAACAGUAUAGCUGUCAACAGUGCAAACAAAAAGUUAGGGCCUGCAAGCAGCUUACCAUUGACAAGGCCCCGCAUGUCCUUACCAUUCAUUUGAAGCGGUUUGGCUCAGAUUUAGCAGGACAGAAGAUUGUCAAGAAGAUACAUUAUGGUCCAGUUUUGGAUUUAAACCGUUUUAUGAGUAGCCCUCAAGCUGGCGAUUUGAAAUACACACUCUAUGGUGUACUAGUUCAUGCUGGCUGGUCUACCCACUCUGGUCACUAUUACUGCUUUGUUCGCACUUCUAGUGGGAUGUGGUAUUCUCUUGAUGAUAAUCAGGUCAUCCAGGUAAACGAGAAAAAGGUUUUGGACCAGAAGGCAUAUAUGCUUUUCUACGUUAGGGACAGGAAAAGUAAUUUGCCCAAAACACAAGUUGAUAUUGCACAUAAGGACAUGAACUUAAUAAAUUGUAUAAGAAAUCAAGAAAAUUCAACAAAAGGAGCUUCAAUUCACAAAAACACAAUGAACACCACAUCGCCUAAGGAAGCUUCAAUACAUCAAAAUACAUUGAACACCACAUUGCCUAAGGGAGCUUCAACACAAGCUAUGCCAUCAUUGGAAUCACCAUCCCUUGUGGUGCAACCAAUAUCUAUAAGCAAGGAGCUUAGUAGCAAUCCUACAAAUCCUGGAAUAUGUUCACCUGUAUCUCAUCCUACUCCGCGUAACAGCUCAGAUGGAGCUCAUAAUCCUGGUAUAGUCCAAACUGACAUGAAGCCUUCUGCUUGGGUCACAAAUGGUGGGGUGACAGAGGCCCCGAUUCUUUCUCGGUGGAAUAUUCCUAAAUUUACUGGUCAGGGUAAAGAGGUCGCUGACUCUAUUCCACUGCCAUUAAGCUGCAACAAGGAUGUGAUGUGUGGAAAGGAUUUGAACAGUAUCUCUAAUCCCAAGCCAGAAGAUGGGAGUCGAGCUAUAAAUAUGUGCAGCCAGGGAACAACUAUUUCGGCGAAGGUAUUGGAGCAAAAUGAGCAAACUCUUAAAGAAGCAGACCAAUCGAAGUCUAAACAAGAAUUCAGUGAUGAUGCUCAGGUUCAAGGGUUCUCCAAAGAGAAUACCACCAAGCCUGCUGGCUGUGAGACAAUAAAGAGAAUACCCCAGAAAAAAGAAAAUAGGAAGGCUAGCCUGAAAGUUAGUGAAAAGCCUUUCACAUCUCACUUCACCAACAUGCGUUCCGGUUCCCUCAUCUUCCUUACAGCAUUAUUCCCUCAGAGGAAGAGGAAACACAAACUCAGGAAACAUGACAGUCCUCACAAGAAUUUAAGUCAUAAGAAGAGAUUGAAAUCUAUGUCUGAUGUGGAAGCUCAACCGGACACUGGACAUGUGCAAUGUGGAAUAUCUCUUGAAAUAACUAAAGAGAGAACAGAGAACAUUGGCACUGCACUCAUUACUGAUAAGCAGCUUGCAAAAGGUUCUAGCUCCACGUCACCAGAGAAUACAUCUGAUCGUGUACAAACUAAUGGUUUCAAAGACCUAAAGCAGAGUGGUGUGAUGGACAUGCUCACCAGAGGAUUAGAAGAGACAACUGUUGCAACUUGGGAUGGCAUUCAAAGGUCUAUGGAGGUCAGCAGAACAAGAAACGAGGAUGCUAAUAUUGGUUACAUUGGGGAUGAAUGGGAUGAGCAGUAUGAUCAAGGCAAGAGAAAGAAAAUGAGAUGUCCUAAACUUGACUUCGACGGCUCAAAUCCCUUCCAAGAAAUCGCGAAUAAAAAGGCCAAGUGGAAUAAUAAAAAAGCAAAGCUCGAUCACUGUCUAUCUGCCAACCAACCAUUCAGGAUACUGUGAAUGAGAUAAGUAUAUUCAUCCAUAGAGAGAGAGAAAGUAAUUUGUAGUGUUCCACCCCCAAUUUUGAGUGUUUGGGAACAUGUUUAAGUGUGUAGAGCUCUACAGUUAAGUUAUGCGAAGUUACGUGAAAUGUUCCUAAGAUUAAUAGUCUUGUAUUUGAAUCUCUUUCAUCCCUGAUUUUGGAGUAUCUGAGCUUGUGGAGAAGGUGAUUGAUAUCCUACAUUAAAGGUGCGAAAUCAUCGCAUAUGUUCCCUUGAUCUCACUAUGUUGUACUAUUGUACUCCGUAUUUAACUAAGCAAUGCUUCAGUUUUUUGGUCUGUCGUACAAUUUAUGUCCAUUUUUAGUUUAUACUAUUUGACGAGAUUCCAUACAACGAUGAUACGAUUACUUUUUCAACGUUACUUGUGUUUAUUUUU